GGCAGCAUUUUAAACUUGUAGCAGAGACUGUUGUCAAAAACUAGGACGGGGUAACGCUGCGCUGCUGACGGAGGACUCUGGCUGUUACUUUAAUGAAUAUAUUCGGGUUUUUUUAAUUUUUAUUUUGUAAUUUAGUUGCACUGCGUUUUAAUCGUUAAUCAAAUGUUUAAGUAGCGACCGCAUCCAGAGUGUGUUAGCACUAGUUUUCAUUUAAAUUCAGAAGUGUAUGGGAGCACGCUAGCUUCCAAGGCUAAACUAACGUCGGUUGAGGUAGGGUUAACACUUACGCCCUUCGGGUUUAUCAUUGACACCUCGGCUGUGAAGGAGCUUUAAACGUAUCUUUUUACGCACGCCUUUAAUCCAAAAUGAGCGCUGGUGUUGCAAAGCCGGCGAACCCGAUGCCACAUGUCGACCCCAAAUCCGCAACUCUCAAAGAAAUCCCAGAUGUUCUGGUCGACCCACGCACCAUGAGAAAAUACACGAGAGGGAGAUUCCUCGGGAAAGGUGGUUUUGCAAAAUGCUACGAAAUAACAGACGUGGAGACGAAGCAGGUGUUCGCCGGAAAGAUUGUGCCCAAAUCCCUGAUCCUGAAGCAACACCAGAGAGAGAAGAUGACUUCGGAAAUCGCUAUUCACAAAAGCCUCAACCACCCUAACAUCGUGGGCUUCCACGGGUUCUUCGAGGACGACGACUUUGUCUUUGUGGUGUUGGAAAUCUGCAGAAGAAGGUCCCUGCUGGAGCUGCACAAGCGUCGUAAGGCUGUCACUGAGCCCGAAGCCCGCUACUACAUGACUCAGCUGCUCAAGGGUGUCCAGUACCUGCACAACAAUAAAGUGAUCCACAGAGACUUGAAAUUGGGCAACAUCUUCCUCAAUGAUGACAUGGAUGUCAAGAUAGGGGACUUCGGCCUGGCCACAAAGAUUGAGUUUGACGGCGAGCGGAAGAAGACCUUGUGCGGAACGCCUAACUACAUAGCUCCUGAAGUGCUCUGUAAGAAAGGCCACAGCUAUGAAGUGGAUGUCUGGUCACUUGGGUGUAUAUUGUACACUUUGUUGGUGGGCAAGCCUCCAUUUGAGACCUCCUGUCUGAAGGAGACCUACAACCGCAUCAAGAAAAACAACUACACUGUCCCCUGGCACAUCAACCCGGCAGCGACCUCUCUCAUCAAAAGGAUGCUGCAUGCCGAUCCCUCCCAGAGGCCCACCAUUGCUGAACUGCAAGCAGAUGAGUUCUUCACAUCAGGCUACAUCCCGUUGCGCCUGCCCACGACUUGUCUCACGGUGCCCCCGCGGUUCUCUAUUGCCCCUUCCACAGCUGUGGAGCUCAGCCAGAGACGCCCGUUGGCUGCUGUAAAUAACAGAGUAGGAACAGAGAAGGUGGAGAUGAAGGACGAGCCUAUGCAGCGGGAGGCUGAACUGUUGGAGAACCACCUCAGAGACAUGCUGCAGCAGCUCAACAGCAUCAUUGCUGCCAAACCCUCUGAGAAGGCAGUCAUCCGCCAAGAAGAGGCAGAGGAUCCUGCGUGCAUCCCCAUCUUCUGGAUCAGCAAAUGGGUGGACUACUCUGAUAAAUAUGGACUGGGCUAUCAGCUGUGUGACAACAGCGUUGGCGUUCUGUUUAACGAUUACACCCGUCUGAUCAUGUACGCUGACGGAGACAGUCUGCAGUACAUCGACAAGACAGCAGCUGAAUCCUACCUGAGUGUGCGCUCUUUCCCUUCCACUCUCAACAAGAAGAUAACACUGCUGAAAUACUUCCGCAAUUACAUGAGCGAGCACCUGCUGAAGGCUGGCGCCAACAUGGCACGGCGAGAAGGAGAUGAGCUGGCGCGGCUGCCGUACCUUUCCCUCUGGUUCAGAACGAAGAGCGCCAUCGUGCUGCACCUUACUAACGGCACCGUUCAGAUCAACUUCUUCCAGGACCACACCAAGCUGAUCCUGUGUCCGCUGAUGGCUGCUGUGACCUACAUCGACGAGAAGCGAGACUUCCGCACCUACAAGCUGUCUCUUCUGGAGGAGUUCGGUUGUAGCAAGGAGCUGGCGAGCCGCAUUCGUUACGCCAAGCUCAUGGUAGAGAAACUGAUGGACAGCAAGCCCUCUGCCACUGCACAUUAGUCCAGUCUUAAAUCCCUGACGGUCUUUAAUCACCGGCAGCUUCUCCCUGUGUUCAGGACGGGACAGAACUUUAAUCGUCGUCAUUGUAAUGCUUUUUUUAUUGUCAAAUCUGACUUUCACUCCUUACCAUGACCAUUAAUCUUGUAUAUGUUGUACUUGAAAAAUUCCCGUCUUUCAGCAGCUGGUUUUUACCUUUUCUGCUGUUUAUAGAAACUCACUCGCCUCUUGUUCUCCUAACUUUCUUGAUGAAGCUUGCGUUCCCGCUGACAGCACAGCAGCAUGCCUUCAAAUGAGUCUAGACAGAGAAUGUGAAUGUUCCCUUGGUUUAAAUUUAAGGUGGAACGGUGCUUCGAGGUUUACUUUGCAUUAUAAAUUCCUGCUUUUUAAUCUCGACGCUGAGUGGGAAGACUGCAAGGUGGGGAUUGAGGCUGGCUGUGUGGGUGGAUGGAAGCUUCUCUGGUCUGCUUCUCUAGUUUGUCUUUUUCUGUGUUGUGUGUAGAGAAAUGGACCAUGUUAAUACAUCUUCAUCAUGUACAUUCUUUCCCUGUUAGUUUUACUCUUUUUAUAAUUAUAUUUUUAGAUGUCAUUUUCAACAAGUUGUACAAAUAUGUACAUACUGCUGAAUAUGAUCACAUUGUAAAGAUGGUUUAAUUUUACCUAUGUUUAAAUAAAGAUUCUCUUGAACAAG